GAAGGAAACUUCCGGACAAGUGCUGGGGAGUGCGGGCGGGUUUUGCGUCUCACGUCGGGAGGAGUCUCCUUCACCAUCUUUCUGGAAUAGGGUGAGAAGACCCACUUGUGGAGUUUCUCUAUUCUCCACCCCCGCCCCGCCGUGGGUGGCAGCUGCUUAACGAGGGAAAAGCAUACGUUUUAUUACAUUUCUGCUCAACGUUUUCCAACAAAUGAUUCAGGGCAGCCUGCAUGGCGUGGUCGCCCCCGCCGGUUUAUCCUCCUAACAACCUUGUGAGUUGCAGUUAUAGAGGAUGCCUAUCCGUGCCCAUUGUACCAUCUGCUCUGACUUCUUUGAUAAUGAAAGGGAUGUGGCAGCUAUUCACUGUGGACACACCUUCCACCAUUUGUGUCUUAUCCAGUGGUUUGAUACUGCACCAAGUCGGACUUGUCCACAAUGUAGAAUCCAGGUUGGCAAAAGACACAUCAUUAGCAAACUGUUUUUUGAUGUUGCCCUGGAGGAACAGACAGCACUAGAUGCAGAAAGUCUACAGAAUGAACUGGACAGGGUGAAAGCCCAGUUAUCCAUGAAAGAGAAGGAGAAACGGGAUUGCCAAAGUAUUGUGAACUCACUAAGGGAGACCCUGGAUGUACGCAAUGCCACCAUUGAAUCGCUCCAGAAAGCUGCAUCUGAGGUAGAGAUGUUGUGUUCUACUCUCAAGAAACAAAUGAAGUAUCUGGAGCAACAGCAAGAUGAUGCAAAGAGUGCAAAAGAGGAGGCCCAAAGACUGAGAAAUAAACUGAAAAAUAUGGAGAGGAUUGAGACGUUGCUGCAAAGUCAGCGCCCUGAGGUGGAAGAGAUGAUCCGUGAUAUGGGAGCAGGUCAGGCCGCAGUGGAACAGCUUGCCAUUUAUUGUAUCUCACUGAAAAAGGAAUAUGAGAAUUUGAAGGAGUCUCGGAAAGCAUCAAAUGAUACAAUAGAGAAGCUGAGAAAGGAGUUAUUUUCUGCUAAUCACAAGUUACAGAAAACAGUUCUAGAGUUGGAGAAAACAACAGAAGAAUUGAAAAGCACCCAGACAGAUCUGAGGAAUGCAGAUAAAGAGAUAAUGAGUUUGAAAAAGAAGAUAAGAGUCCUGCAAGAUACCAUAAAAGUACCAUCAUUAACCAAUGAAGCACUCGGCCGGCUUGUCUUGGAAAGCCCUGUUCCUCUAGAAUUUCUAAAUCCAAAGCUUCACCAGCCAGCUCACAGUGAUGAGAUCGACCUGAAUGCUACCUUUGACAUACAGACACCUACGCAUCUGCCUCACAAGACUGUCCUUGCUCCUGCCAAAAAAAUUAAACUGGAUAAAAAGGCACCUGUGAAAAAUUUAUCAAGAGUUCUGAAAGAAGCAGUGGAGAACUGCUCAGGUGACACAGAUGAUGAGCAUCUAGAAGAUCUUUUACCUGCUUUCAUUAGAAACUCAGUUCUGUCCAAGAGGCCACCAGUGAACAACAUGCUUGCACCACAGAGGAACACAGGAAUAGUGAAAAUCGGGUAUGAUGGCUUAGGAGGCAGAACCAAAUUCAUUCAGCCUAGUAUCUCAGCAGAGAUUCGCCCCCUGACUGUGAAGAGCAAGAAAAGAAGUGCUUCUAAGCAAACAAUGACUGCAGCUUCUGGUAUCAGUCAGACUAAAUUAGACAGCUUCCUUAAGUAACCAUGGAUCUCUCUAGGUUAGACAUAGAUCAUCAAAGGCCUGGGAUUAUCUGGUACAGCACGCAAAACAACAUGGUGACCUCCAGGGAGCUGGGACAAGUGCACAAUGGCAGGACUUAUGCUCUCCCUCUGGCUUUCUGUUCAUCUGACUCUUUUUUUCUGCAGAUUGAACAUGGAGAACUAGCUUUGCUAUGCUUCCAGCCUUGAGGGUAGAGAGGCUGAAAAGUUUCAGUUCCAGAAUACCUUCACACUCUACUGUUUUGUAGGGCUGCUGCUCGGUACUCUAGUCCUGGAAGACCGUGAAGGCCUCAGCUCCUGUAAGUUUGACAGUGGCAUCAGCUGGGGGAGCGGAACUCCAUCUGAACAAAAUGGACGGUUUGAGGAGAGUCUCUUCAAUAAAAUAUACCUGCAGCCCUGUUAGCAUCUGUGACACUGAAACUUUCAAAUAAGAAGAUAACUCUUAUUUGCAACUGUCCACUUCUGUCGGUGUCUUCAGUGAUUGGAUGAUAUACUCAAGGCGAGAACUUAUGCAAUUGUUCUUCUAACAUUAGGGUACAAGGUCAUGCCUUUUGCCAGAAAACUCUUGUAGAUCUCUCACCUAUUGAUCUUCCUCUUUGGUGGCAGCACUUAAUAUUUAGUUAAUUCAUCCCUGUUCUUGGGAGUCUGCCCUUUUCCGUUCCAAGUGGCCCUUUUUGGGAGCAGCUUAUAUAUUUGUCACAAGGAAUUUCCUGUCUCUCUGAAGAUGAACAGAUUCCAAUGUUUUUAUGCUAUAUUGGCAUAAUCAAGCAGAAGUGAUAGCAUGCCCCUAAGCUUGCAGAUAGGCAUGCUUGCUGCUUCUACUCCCAGUUCACAAAUCUGUUCUGUGCUAGAGUGUUCAAACUAAACUCAAGCCUGCUGCAGUCCUACAGAAGCAAACACAGGGGUCUCAGAUGUCAGGCAUUCAAUUGUUGCCUUUUCCUCGAGUUAACAGUGAACUAUACUUGAGAAAAUGUUUUUGGAGGAAACUUGUUUGCUGUGCAGUAAUUUGAUGUCUUUUACAUUGAUUUUGGUCCUAGACAUUUCUGCCCACUGUUUAAAACUGUGUAGCUAUAAGAUAGGUGCUACUUGUCCUAGAAUAUCUUGUUUCUUGCCUCCAAGGAGAACUUAUAGAACACAUGGACAGAGUUAUUCCAGAGUUAGACUUGGCAUUUCCUGAGGGAAUAGGAAAAUUCAGCUAUAUUUUAUUCAGGAGAGUGCUACAUCCUUAGUAGUUACUGUUGAAUCUAGUCUUAAAGUGGUUUUGCCCCAAGGUUUAAGCAAAAUCUUCCAGUUGAAUCAGUCCAUAGCAUGAGUAGAAACUGAUGCAAAUUUUCUUGUUUGCUUCAAGAGAUUCUGGCAGAAAGCACCUUUUGGCUUGGAGUUAGCCUGGUGUUUUGAGUUGCAGAGAAAUUUUGCUCAGGAUGCCCUCCUUAACCCAAAGUAAAAUGACAGGCUUACCAGAGACAUAAAUGAAUGAAUUAAUAAUUAACUUGUGCUUAAAACUCAUAACUGUAGUUUAUUUUGAAUAAAUGUUGUAUGUGCCUCAUCUGUUAAA